AUGGCUGGGCGCGUGCUUUUCGCGGCAUUGCUAUUGCCCUGUGUGCUUGCUGCCAGCGCUUCUCUUCCUGUGCACUUGCACCUGAAGCGAACCGUUGACUCGGGACUGGCCAACGUCCAUGUCUCCUUUGACAAGCCUAUUUCUUUCGAGGUGACCUACACUUAUGGACCAUGUGACGCUCAGACGCCAGGACAGGCCCACCAUCUAGUUGCUCGUUCCAAGUCGCGCGACCAUGAUCGGCUGCUGUGGAAGGUGCCGGAGUAUGCUCCCACAGGACACUGCCUGUCAGCAUGGGAUGGACAAAGCUUGGUGGGCAGAAGCGCUCCAGUCUCCAUCUCGGCAAGCGCCAAAACCACGCGGAGACGCCUGAAAAAGCGGCAGCAAGACUUCAGCAUCGCCAUGGACAACUCCAGCGGCAUUGAUGCCGAAGGGCCUUGGUUCGAUGGGGUGGCUCUCCUGCAGAACUCGGAGAUCAGUGCUGUCAAUGUCCGGGUAGCAAAAUCAAAGGAGGUUGCCAUCGUGGGCGCUGGCAUGGCUGGGCUGAUGACUUGGCUGGCGCUGAACCAGUCCGGCAUGACCAAUCUGUCUCUGAUCGAAGCCGCUCAGCGCCUCGGUGGCCGCGUCCACACCGCAUAUUUCGGCGACCCAAGCGACCGACAGUACCAGGAGAUGGGCCCCAUGCGGUUCCCCUUGUCUUACACCUCAUCCGAGACGAACGAGACGGUGCAGAUCCAAGACCACCGCAUCGUCUUCCAACUUGCCGCCGAAGUCAACAACCUCAACAAGAACAACACCAACUUCACCGUCGACUUCAUCAAGUGGUACCAGAGCUCGCCCAACGGCCUGUACUACGUGAAUGGAGCACGCAAACCCAACGGCCAAGUACCGACCCUGUCUGAAGUCAGUGCGAACGCUUCGCUGCUGGGGCCUCAAGACAGCGGGCCAGAUGAUCCAAUCCUCGAGGAGGUGAAUACGGACAUUAAUGCAGUUUACAACAAUGCCACUUUCCUUGAACAAAUGGCCCGGAACAUCUACCGGGCACAUAAAACUUUUCUCGACCAGGGCUUGAAUGGCCGUGGUGGAGACGACUUUUCCGAAUUUGCCUACGUGCACAAUGUGCUCGGGUACGAUUUGAAAGAAACCUUUGUCGGCAUCGGCGACAGCGGCAGCGAGAGUUUCUGGGACAAUCUGUACGAGAGCAUGUACUUCUCCGCCACAGACUGGCGGACCAUCGACGGCGGAUUGACCCGACUGCCCAGCGCCUUCCACCCACUCGUGGACGGGGUCACGCAUAUGAACCGCAAGAUCCAACGCGUGCAGUACAACGAGACGACCAGGCGGGUAACGCUGCAAUGGAAGACCAAGCCUCUCGACCGGACGUUUCAGAACGCGAGCUACGAUCUCGCCGUGGUCACGGUGCCGAUGCCCUUGGUGCGGACGUGGCGCCUGCCCGCGUUCUCCGACUUGCUCAGCACAGCCAUCGACAGCUACACGUACACGCAGGUCUGCAAGGUCGCGUUGCAGUUCAAGACGCGCUUCUGGGAGCAUUUUGAGAACCCGAUCUACGGGUCCUGCUCGACGACGACCGACAUUCCCGGCAUCGGCAGCAUCUGCUACCCGAGCUAUGAUAUCAACUCUACAGGCCCGGGGGUCAUGCUGGCCAGCUAUACCUCGGGAGACGAUGGCCUGCGAUGGCCCUCGAUCCCCGAGCAAGUCCACGUGCAGUACGUGGUGGAUGCGAUGGCCGAGAUCCACGGCCAGGUCGUGUAUGAUCAGUACACCGGCAACUACAACCGCCGCUGCUGGCUCCUCGACCAAUACGAGACCAUCUCCUGGGCGAGCCCGGACGUGGGCAUGCGCAAGGCCUUCAUCCCCGCCUUCUUCAAGACGGAAAAGGGCAUCGUCAUGGGCGGCGAGGGAACAUCCUACACGAGCUCCUGGAUCGCCAGUGCAUUGGAGAGCGGUGUCCGCGCCGCGACGCAGGUCUUGCUUGAGCUCGGGCUCGUGGAUGAGGCCAAGGCUGUCGUGGAGAAGUGGAUGGGCCGGUGGAUUGACGUGUGA